AUGCUGGGGUGUCAAGCACUGAGAAAGAACGUACCAACUGGACCGGUACAACCUGAGCAGCAGCCCGCUAUGGUGACGCCGAUGAUGUCUUCGUAUCAACAACAGAUGCCGGUGGUAGCAGGAGUAGAUGUUGUAGCAUCGGUACCACCAGCAACUGAACCACAAUGGAACAACGCAAUGCCAAUGGCACCCGCAGCACUUCCUCAACAACAUAUGCAACCCAUAUAA